UUAGUUUCUCUGAGUGGUCUCUUCAUUUAUUGUGGGCUAAUGUAUUUGAUUUCUAAAAAUCCAGAUAAGGUCAGAUGGCACACAGUUAUCUGGGGCUUUGCGUUGCAAUUAUUUUUGGCCAUAAUCAUAUUGAAAUGGUCGUUGGGUUAUUUGGCGUUCCAAUGGCUGGGCGAGAGAAUCACAAAUUAUUUAAAUUAUGUGGAUUCAGGAUGUAUGUUCCUGUUCGGAAAUAAUUACGAAGAUCACAUUUUUGCUAUGAAAAUACUUCCGACAGUAAUUUUUGUUAGUUCGACCAUCAACAUUCUCUUCUACCUGGGCCUCAUGCAGAAGUUGAUCGUCUCCGUCGCUCAGGUCAUUCAGUUCCUGCUACGAACGUCUGCCUGCGAAUCCUUCGUUUCUGCCUCGAACAUCUUCAUGGGGAUGGGUGAGUGCCCUAUUUUGAUUAGGCCCAUGUUGCCGAGUUUGACAAAUUCAGAAAUACAUGCAAUAAUGGCCGGAGGGUUUGCUACCAUUUCUGGAAGUGUCAUGGCAGCAUUCAUAUAUUUUGGAGUUUCUGCACCUCACUUGAUAUCGGCAUCAGUCAUGUCUGCUCCGGCAGCUCUUGCGAUUGCCAAGUUGGUUUAUCCGGAAACAGAGAAACCCACAAUGAAUGUUGACUCGGUGAACAAGUUCAAACCCCCUGAAAAAUCAAUUUUUGAGGCUGCGUCGGCUGGUGCAGGUUCUGCCAUCAGCCUGGCCGCCAUCAUUGGGGCUAAUCUCAUUGCCUUCAUAUCGCUGCUCGAGUCCGUUAACCAAACUCUUGUUUGGUUUGGAAAACGCGUCGGAAGCAAAAAAACCAUCACGUUUCAAUAUAUUAUUUCUUAUUUGCUGUGGCCCUUUGCACUGACAAUGGGAGUGAAAGUAGAAGACUGCAGAAAAGUUGGAGAACUAAUUGGAGUAAAAACUUUCAUAAACGAAUUUGUGGCUUUCCAAGAACUCGGAACUUUAAUAAAAAACAGAAAAAAAUUGAAUGAACACAUUGCCAAGAAUGGGACGUGGUCAUCCGAACGAUCAGUUGUAAUUUCUACUUAUGCCUUGUGUGGCUUCUCAAACUUUGGCUCCAUUGGCAUUCAAAUAGGAAUGUUCACGGUCUUGAUUCCGGAGCGAAAGACAAUCAUACCGAAAUUGGCGACGAGGGCGAUGGUGGUGGGGAGUGUGUCGUGCUUCGUUACAGCGUGCAUAGCAAGUAGGUAG